AUUGACCCAUCGGUCAACUCAUCUCUGACCAUCAACUGUACAUUCCGUCCGGACAGCUCAUCGUCGAUGGCUGCUCUAAUAUCUCUCAUUGUGUCACGAACCAAAGAUCUCUCUCAACCGUUCCAAGAAUUGGCUUCGAUUAACGUCAAAUCAGAUAGCCAGGUCAAUCACCUUGUCAACCACAGCUUCGUGGCCACCGGAAACAUCUCUGCAACUUCUGACUCAAGUCUUCUUCUGUCAUGGACCAACCCUUCGGAACGCCAGCCGGGCAGUUACAGAUGCACAGCUCAAGGUGUGGACAACGUUGGACACCAGGUUGUCGCUACACAAGAUGUCCACAUCACUGCCAUUCUAUCGAUUACCGAUCAGCUAAAUUUCGAGCUUGACAGUUUCGAGGCAUCUUUAAACAUUUUCCAGCAUAACGUAACAAUUUUUCAAAACAAGAGAAAUCAAGAAUUGCAGGAUUUAAGAGAGACCCUAAAAUCUGUUGAGACCACCGAAAACUUCUUUCGCCACAAACUUCAAACCAUGAAAACGACCAUGUUUAACAGAACUAUGAUACACAGUAACCAUACCUACUACUUAUCUGAGGACGUCUACAGGCAUGAUGAUAUCAAUUCCGCCGUCUGCGAGCUGUUCGGGGGAUACCUCGUGGAAGUUGAUGACGUCGACGAGCAAGAAGCCCUUAAGGCCUUCAUGGAGAACGGCACGGAUUAUUUCGGGAUUUUGAUUUCCGGUUCUGGCGUGGAACGAGAGGGCCGCUGGUUGCAUCAGCGGACAGGUCUGCCUGUGAACUACACCGACUGGAGGCCCGGGGAGCCGGACGACGGGGUUGUUUAUAAUUGUGUCACCUUGGAGAAGUUUAAGGACGAGUGGUCCAUGACGGACAACAAAUGUCAUCAAAACCCUUUCUACAUCCGCUACGUCUGUGAGAUGCCAUUU